GCGAGAAACUGCCGCAGCGGCACCGCUGCGCAACAAAGGGGACCGAAAGACGCUUCUAUUGUGCAUUUCGCUCGGGCGAUUCAGCCCUUUUGUUCGGAAACCUCGAGGUUGAGCGACACCAGCAGACCUGCUCUGCUGGUGCCAGCUGUGCCACCCCAGGGACGCAUUCGUGCCCGCCUUGGCACCAGAGCUCGUUAGUCUCCUCAGAAAUGGCGCUGCGCGCAGCCCAAGCACGAGCACGCAAGGCAUUGGUCGACCGGGCUGCCGCGCAGAGGCUGCCGGUCAUACGAGUGCCGAAAUUCCUCGACGACAGCGCGCUCAACGCCAUCGAUGCGCUAGGCAGUGCGCAUGCACUCGUGCACGGCCCACCGGUCGCGGCGCGGACGGCGUGGCGGACGCAGUAUCUCAACGCCGACGGCCUCGCGAGAACGCAAGCUGGCGAGCUGCUCGAUCGCCUGGUCACAUUGGCGAAAGACGUCGACGACGAGCAUUUUUCGGGAAAUGCCAGAGAAUGUGAAACCCGGUGCGUCGAACUGCACGACUGCGGCGAAGGAGCGGGGCUGGACGAUCCGACGCACUUCGACUCCGGAAGUGUCGUCACGCUGGACGUGUGCCUGCGCGAGGCCGAUGCGGGUGGCCGGUUUCAGACUUUGGAAGAGGACGGCUCAACGCUCGAACAUGUCUUCGAACGCGGCGACGCGUUAAUAUUCCCGUCGUACAAGUACCACGGCGUGUCUCGCGUGGAGAGCGGCCGCCGGCGCGUCCUCGUACUGGAGCUCUGGAACGGCGAGGAGCGCUUUUGCAACCACCGCUGCACGGUGGCGCGCGGAAAUUGUGAAUUGCUCCAGGUCGGCGUCGCGGAGCGCGAGCUGAGUAGUCAGGAAGCUGCCUGGGGGCGGCUACCGAGUGUAUAAGUGUACGUAUGUAUUUUAA